GAGAAAGAGAAAAGAACAAUCUCAGGGGCUUCCUCUUAAUGCAGUUUGUGAAGAUCACACAGGAAGCAGCAGGUUUGUACAGGAGCAUUUCAGGCAAGGGUCAAAUCAGAAAGAGGAAUCUUUGCACCAAGGCUGCUCCCUUUGUAGGGAGAGAACAUUCCGUAAGAGCAGCCUAUAGUGGUCACAGGCUGGAGUGUGAACUCGGGAGGAGUCAGAGGGAGGAUUAAAACCGAGAAACUCGGAAGUGUGAACCAGCAGCGGGUUUCAGCUCAGAGAAGGUUGAGGUUAUCCACGAUGAAGACCUCCUUCUUUUCCCUCUGCUUGGUGGUGCCCUUUCUGGCCUUUGUGCAUACAUUUGAGCCUUCGUUGGAUGAAGCUUGGUUGAACUGGAAGUCAUUUCACAAUAAAGAGUACACUGAGGAUGAAGAUAAUUAUAGGAGGAUGGUAUGGGAGAAAAACUUAAAACAAAUCCAGCUUCAUAAUCUUGAGCACUCGAUGGGCAAGCACACGUAUCAGUUGGGAAUGAACCAUUUUGGAGACCUUACAGCUGAUGAAUUCCAACAAUUCAUGCAUCAAAUCCACCAGCUUGAAAUGAUGAACUCAACCAGGAAAAAGCCUGCUUCAGCUGGGCCCAAGCCAUUCCAACUUCCUCAGAGCAUUGACUGGAGGGACAAAGGUUAUGUUACUCCAGUGAAAAACCAGCGGCACUGUGGUUCAUGCUGGGCUUUCAGUGCAGUUGGUGCCCUUGAGGGACAGACGUUCAAGAAGACAGGAAAACUCAUCUCUUUGAGUGAACAGAACUUGGUCGACUGCUCCAAUGCAGAGGGUAACCAUGGAUGCAAUGGUGGACUGAUGGAAUAUGCCUUCAACUAUGUUCAGUCUAAUGGUGGGAUUGACACAGAGGAUUAUUACCCAUACACUGCAGAGGAAGGCACCUGUAAGUAUAAUCCCAAUUACAGUCCAACCACUUGCCAUGGUUCCAGGUUCAUAGCCAGAGGUAAUGAAACUGCGCUAGCUGAAGCUGUGGCCACCAUUGGACCAAUAUCAGUCGCAAUUGAUGCAAAACAACUAUCAUUUCAGUUUUACAGAUCAGGUGUUUACUAUGAACCAAACUGCAAUAACAUUGUACCCAAUCAUGGAGUACUGAUAGUGGGAUAUGGAACUGAAAAUGGACAGAACUAUUGGAUCGUUAAAAACAGCUUUGGACUAUGGUGGGGUGACAAAGGCUACAUCAAGAUGUCCAAGGACAGAGACAACAACUGUGGAAUUGCUAACUACGCAGUGUACCCUCUUGUUUAGAAAUCCGAAGAGAGUAGUGUCUCUGUAAAGCAAAACCUACUGCACUUUUUACAAUGUUAAAUAUUUUUACUUGCUAUCGUAUGAUUGUUCACUUAUUACAGGCAUUGGAUUAUGAGGAAAUUCUGGCUUCUUCCCUGAAAUAAAAACUCUGCAGUUCGUGAUGUCAUUAUGGCAAAGUUAAUGAUUUCAGUUGUAGACUCACAUUUUAAUGAGCCUGUCAUUAAUUUUGACAUGAAGUAUGGCCACCUCCAGGAGUGAAGUUACCAUUAAACAUACAUUUCUCUGAAGAAUGCUCCAGCGAUUAGACACAUUAAAUCUAAGCAAUAAAGACACCAAGCUGCUAUUUUCAAUAUCCCCGACCAUUAUUCUCUGAUUUCAAUUUUGUGGAGUCAUUCAAUACUGGAAUCCAGCUUACCUCACAAUGUCUUUGAUAAUGAAUUGGGGAUCUGUGUAUAUAUAAAAGGGAUCAAAUUACAUUUUGUCAAAUGCAUUGUGCAUUAAGAGCUUGGCUGGGUGUGAGCUACUGUAUUUAAAUUGAUAAUAAACAGCAUGUGUGGGAUUCCCAGAAA